AUGGGGCUGGAGCGCCUGUCAGCCGAGCUGGACGCCUCGAGGAAGGCGUGUGCCAUCUACAGUAACGAGUUGCUCCGAGUGAAGGCUGCAUAUGAGGAGUCUCAGCGGCAGCUCGAUUCCAUCCGCCGCGAGAACAAGUUCCUGUCCAGCAAGAACGAGGAGGCGGUCCGGCGCUACCAGGCCGAGAUCGGCGAAACAACGGCGCGCCUGGAGGAGGAGGUCCGGCUGAAGACCGAGCUCCAGGCGCAGUUGGACGCCUCAGAGCGAGCCAGGGACGCUCUUAGCGUCCAGCUAGAGGAGAGCAGAGCUCUGCUGGAGCGGGCCGAAAGCAGACGGCACCAG